GGGAGGGAGGACAGGCAGAGCUCAGAAGGGUGUGUUUUAUGUACCACUGCAGCAUCAGUGCAAAAAAGAAUCGAGAAAAGGCACGACUCAGUGGAGAGGAAAGAAGAAAAUAGUAAUAAAGAGAAAAAGAGGAAGAAAGACAAGAGUGUGACAAGGAGAGAAAAGACGACACAGAAAAGAAAAGACAGAGACAGACGGAGAGAAGCAACACCUGCAGAGACAGUCGGCAGCCGGAGACGGGACAGUGGACCUGACAGUGAGAGGCAGAGAGCCUCACUCAGAGCCUCAGUGUGAAAGCGACACACACCCACCAACUUAAAACACACCGUUGUUUACUCCUCUCCGCUCUCCGGAGGGUCUGGGAGGUCCCUGGAGUGUGUGUCUGGUCGGGCGCACAAGCUGGGGAGCGUGUGUGUGUGUGUGCGUAUUUUUUUAUGUGUUGAUGAGUGUGUGGGUGUCUUGCGUCACUUUUGAUGGGACAUUGAGAGAUGUGUGUGUCACAGCGUCGGUGGAUGGGCUAUAGGGGGCCGAGCUCCCCCGCCCUCCCCCUGAUCCUCCUCCUCCUCCCUCUGUCCUUCCUCACGCCUCCAUUCGCUCAGGGAGCCAUCCACAUCCCCAAAGACUAUAAAGUGCAUAACAUGUCACAGCCUCCAGUGCUGACGGAGAUGCCGACAUCGUACACAGCCUUUUCUCAAGAGGACAUUAAUCUGCCCUGUGAGGCCACUGGUAACCCAACACCCAUUUUCCGGUGGAUAAAGGACGGUAAGGAGUUUGGCUUCGAGCGUAAAGGAUCUGGGACAUUGCAAGCUGAAGACGACGAGCCCCUCGACACGUACGAAGGCUUCUACCGCUGCUACGCUUCCAACAACCUCGGGACUGCCAUGACACAAACCGUACACGUCAUCGUGGAGCCUCAACCGGUUCUUCAAAAACAGCAGAAAGUACGUAAGCGAGCGUACGAGGGAGAGAGCAUCGUCCUGUCCUGCAACCCUCCAGAAAGCUCCACUCCUCCGCACAUCCACUGGAUGGACAAGAGGAUGGUGCACAUCAAGCAGAGUGACAGAGUGAUGGUCGGCCUGGACGGGAACUUGUACUUUUCUAAUCUUCUGAGGAGCGACAGCAGGGACGACUACAUCUGCAACGCCCAGUAUUCAGCAGCCAGGACCAUCCUCCCCGAGACUGCUGUUACCCUCACUGUCAUACCCAGUAAUGACGUUGCUAAUGGUAGAAAACCCCAUCUCUUUCUCCCCAUUGGCACCCACAGCACAGUGAACACCCUCAGGGGUCGUAGCAUCACCCUAGAGUGCAUCCCCAAAGGCCUACCCACGCCCAAGGUGGAAUGGAAGAAGAAGGACGGCAGCCUGGAUGAAACAAGCGGCCUGGUGGAAAACAACGGCCGCUGGCUUCACUUCAACAGCAUCAGCCAGAGCGAUGACGGAGAGUAUGAGUGUAGAGCCUCCAACCUCCAUGGCUCCAUCACACACUCCUUCACUGUCACUGUGGAAGCGGCUCCUUACUGGGUGAAGGAGCCUCAGAACCUGCUGUACGCUCCCGGGGAAACUGUGCGACUGGACUGUCAGGCCGAGGGCAUCCCGACCCCCAACAUCACCUGGAGCAUCAACGGUCAGCUGCUCUCAGAAGUGGAUGACGAUCCCCGUCGGAGUGUACUGGGUGGCGUGUUGAGACUGAGGGAUGUUGAAUUCGCUGACACCGCCGUGUAUCAGUGUGAGGCCACCAACAAUCAUGGCUCCAUUCUCCUCAACACCUACCUCUAUGUCAUCGAGCUCCCUCCUCAGAUCCUCUCCUCUGAUCGAGUCGUGUACAAAGUCACUGAGGGCGGAGACAUCAAGCUGCACUGUGAAACCUUUGGUUCUCCACGACCACACGUCACAUGGGAGGGUGAAGACAUGGUUCCUCUGUUGUCGGACCCCCGUGUGUCCCUGCUGACCAAUGGGACGAUCGAGCUGUCCAGCGUCAGUCACGAGGACAGCGGAACGUACACCUGCUCCAUCAAACACACCAAUAUCUCCAUCAGCGCUCACCUGGAAGUCUUCAAUCAAACAGUGGUACUGGCGAGCCCCCAGGACGUGCGCACUCUCAGGGGAACCAGCGCUCUGUUGGACUGUCGCUUCUACAAAGACCCUCGGCUCAACAAAUACCAAAUUGUCUGGAGGAUAAACGGACAAAAACUGCUGGAGUUGCCGGGCAAUGACAAGUACACUAUCUUUGAAAAUGGAACCUUGAAAGUGACAAACGUCCAAACAGAAGACACAGCGGCUUAUUCCUGUGAGGUCAUCACUGACCUGGACAACGUGAAAGCGAGUGGCUCCAUCACUGUAGUGGCACGACCGGACCCUCCGAAGGAUCUGUCUCUGUCUGAUAUCGCCGACCACAGCCUCACUCUCAGCUGGAUCCCGGGACAGUCCCACAACAGCCCCAUCGCAGUGUUCAUCGUGGAGGCCCAGGAGCAGCAGCACACAGAGGAGGGGAAGUGGAGGUGGGAGGAGUGGAAGCAAGUGCCCGGGGACUUCAACCACCUGCAGCUUAACCUCCACCCCUACUGCACCUACCGCUUCCGGGUCAUCGCCGUCAACGAGAUUGGACCCAGCAGCCCCAGCAAGCCCUCGCAACACCACCGCUCGCCGCCUGCUGUUCCUGACUUUAACCCCACCGGUGUGCGCAGUGACUCCACAGACCCAAAGACUCUGGUCAUCACAUGGAAUGAAAUGGAGAAGCAUUUGCAUAACGGCCAGGACUUCCAGUACAAGGUGUCAUGGCGGGAGGCCGGGGAGACAGGUGCACACUGGAACUACAGCUACAUAAAGUCUCCGCCAUUCUUGGUGAACAACACAGGAACCUAUACACCGUUUGAGAUCAAAGUCCAGGCCGUCAACUCGCUCGGAGAAGGACCGUCACCAGAACCUGAGAUCGGACACUCUGGAGAGGACAAGCCUGAGGAUGCUCCCACUGGAAUUGAAACUACAGUGUGGAACAGCACAGUCAGAGUCAGGUGGAACGAAGCUCAGAACAUCCGAGGUCUGCUGCUGGGAUACAAGAUCCACAUCAGGAGGUUGGGUCCCCAGGUUGUUCGGGACCGGAGGUCUCUUGGAAAACUGCACCACGGAAAGGGGAAAGAGGACAGAAUGGAGCGAGGGAAGGAGAUGGACCGAGAGAGCAGGGAGGUGGUGGUCUACGGCCAGAAGACCUCAGCGGAUGUGCCAGAGCUGCAGCUGUUUUCUCGGUAUGAACUGACCGUCACUGCCUUCAACAGCAAAGGGGAGGGUCCCCACUCUGCGCCUCACCGCUUCAGCACCCCAGAGGGAGCUCCUGGUCCUCCUGCAUCACUAAGGUUUGAGAGCCCGACAGAGAAAUCAGUAGUCCUAUACUGGACCCCUCCAGUCGAAGCCAAUGGCAUUCUGCUGGGAUACAUGGUGCAGUACGAAGAGGAGGUGGAGAGCAGAGACAACCCGCUGCAGAUGCAGAUGGAGGUCAGUGACCCCAGCGUGACUCACAUUGUGCUGGACUCUCUGGAAUCCAGCAGCCAUUACAUCUUCAAAGUGAUAGCACGCACCGCAAGUGGAUACGGACUUCCCAUCACACAGAGGGGCGCCACCCUGCUUGACGGAGCUCCUCCGUCGAACAUCACCAUAGUCCAGGGUAACACCUUACUCAACCUGAGCUGGGUGCCCGGAGAGCGAAUCAGGAAUCACGGCUUCCACAUCUGCUACCUCAGGAAGAGCCCCGGGGCCGAGUGGCAGCAGUCAGAGGUGGUGAACUCCACGCAGGGUUUCUAUUCGCUGACAGGCCUCCAACCUGGGACUGAGUACCACCUGAAGAUCAAGCAUGGAAACGACACCCAGUGGGAGAAUGUGACAUGGACCGUGGGACCAGUGCCGUCUGAGAUGCCCGGCGGCUUCGCCACCCAGGGUUGGUUGAUAGGACUCAUCAGCGCCAUUGUGCUGCUCGUGCUGAUCCUGCUCAUCCUCUGCCUCAUCAAACGCAGCAGGGGCGGUAAAUAUGCAGUGAAGGACAAGGAAGACAAGGAGGUGGACUCUGAAGCUCGGCCGAUGAAAGAUGAGACCUUUGGAGAGUACAGAUCCCUGGAGAGUGAUGGAGAUGAGAAGCGCUCGGACAGCCACCCGUCUAUCUGUGGGGAGAGUAAGCUGGGAAGUGACGACUCUCUGGCCGAAUACGGAGACAGCGUGGACAUCCAGUUCAACGAGGACGGCUCCUUCAUCGGCCAGUACAGCGGCCGGGGGCCAGUUCCCCAUGGCAACGAGAGCUCCGGUCCCGCCUCCCCCGUUAACGCAAUCCCACCUCCCCCCAUCGCUCCGUCCAUGUCGAGCAUCCUGAACCGGCCCAGCUAGACAAACACACACACACACACACUAACAUCCACAUUACAAACACACACACACACACACACACACACACACACACUAACAAACACAUUACAAGAACACACACACACACACACACACACAAACACAUACAGAAUACCUGCCUGCAAAGAAAACACCAAGGGACAGACCACUCUUGACUCCACUGCCUGUAAUGUUAUAGUGUAAGAACACACACAUACACACACACACACACACAUACACACACACACACCCACACACACACACACACACACACACACACACACAGUCUCAGUACAUUCCACAGGUUUAUGCAGUGAAGCUGUUUACAGGAUGUCUCAUCUUUUCUACUCCAAGUUUACACACACACACACACACACACACACACACACACACACAACACACACACACACACACUCAUACACCAAAACAUACUAAAUCAGCCCUUCACUCUUCUAUACCUGAGAAAGACAAAGGGAGGUGGAAGGCAGGAGAGGAAGAAAGUGGCAGGUGUGAUGAAGAGUGAGAUGAAGAAAAGGGGGUAAAAAAAAGUAGUGGAAGUCGUUUCUUCGUUCAUCUUUGACCAAAGUGUCUCCCACAAAUUAUAUCACCCUGUACAAACAUUUAAGUCUCAUUCAUUUCAAAUCAUAUUCAGUUUUUUUAUAUAAACGUCACAUUUUCAGUUAUGUUUUUACUUUUUGUGCAUCAUUAUUAAACAUCACCACUGUGUGUCUUUGUUUCUGCUGUUUUCCAGCUGUUUCUAUGUUUGUGUGCAUGCGUCUGGGAAUGAUCCUGGUAUUUGUUGAUGUGUGUGCGGCUGUCAAACCUAAGAUGCAUGCCCCUCCCUGAGGCACUUAUGAACUGUUUAGUUGAUAUUUAGCGUAUGAGGUUAAGGAGUGACAGUGUUUGUGUGUGUGUGUGUGUGUGUGUGUGUGUGUGUGUGUGUGUGUGUGUGUGUGUGUGUGUGUGUGUCUGCGUGUGUGCGCUCGUUGUGUGAUUGUUCAUGCUCUCCAUCCCUGCCUGUUGACCUGCAGUGAUGAGAGAUCUGUUGCCUUAAGAGAAUCCAGUUGAGCCUCCUCUCCUCCAUCUUUCUGUCCAUCCAUCUGUCCAUUAUCCAUCGCUCCUCACACACUCAUUCCUUCUCCAUCAUCCUCUGGUUCGCUCGGCAGGUGAACUGCAGGACCAGGGUGCUACGGUGGCCCUGAGAGCUCAACAAACUGCAGCUUAACUUAACACGUGCAAAUAGAAGAAAACAUCUUCACCAAUUUGACAUCAUAUGCACAGCGUCAAGAAAAAAGACGUCUUUAAAAAUCUUGAAAAACAAUUGACAGAUAUAAAGUGAUAUUUUUAAAAAAAAUAAUAAUUUCAGUAAUUUCCCAAAACAGCUGGACAGUUGUAGUUUUUAAUCACAUUACUCAAAGGUAAAUGGUGCUUUUGUUUGGGACUAUUUCCAGUGGCGGAUUAAUCCACGUUUGGUGCUCUCAUUCGUGUUUGUGCGGCAGGACACUGUGUGGGGGAUUGAAAACGCAACAGACAGUUUAACAGUUUCAUUGACUUAAUAGAAAUUAGCUUAAAUAAUUACAUUAUUUGAAUUGGUCGGCUAAUAAUUGACAAAAUGGUAAUGCUAGGUUAGCAUCAAAUAUCUGCAAUAAGAUCUGAAUCAUGAAGUCGGGAUGUAAAAAUCCAUUUCAGUUACUUUACCAUGGCAACAAACAGAGCGUCCCUGGUGUGUCCAGGCAAGUUCAUCACGUUUUAGUGUCCCCUGGAAACUGUUGUUUUGUAAUUUACACAGUUUUUUUGCACAACUUGUAGCAUGUCCAUUUUAAAUGCUGCACAUGUCGUCACUGAUGAAGGUGUUUUUGUUUUUUUUCAUUUGUUUGUGUUUUGACUUUUCUCAAGCGUUUUCUUUAGUUGCACUGCGUUGAGCUUUCAGGUGGUGAUGCUACGCUUGAGGCAGACCACUCCACUCAGUAUCAGCCUUUCAAAGCGGAGCUAUUGCAACAAGAUGUUUUGACGCCAUGCUUGAAUGCCUGAAAAAUCAAGUUGCACUUCUGUCAGAGCGCUGGUUUCGAAUGCAGUCUGCCUCAGUAUUUAAACACAGAGAUGUAAACUCUGCAGAAACAUGAGUUUUUAUAAGAAAAGCUUUAUUGAACAAAAUAACUAUAAUGAAAGCAGUGACACCACGUGUCCUCCGACUGACUCUGUCAUCGUGGUCGAUUUAAUCCUUCCAUACGAAUGCAACAUCAAAGAUCCGGCCAGAAGAUGUCGCCAUUCUGCUGCUUCACAGGGAACCAUGUGUGAGCCGGUGCUUUGGAAAGCUUAUCACUACCUUCAGGGCCACCACAGAAUGUGUUCACAGACAGACGCUCCUAUGCACACACAACACACACACACACACACACACACACACACACAUACUGAUGCAUUCAUAAAGUGGAAGCCUAUGGAAACCACUUGGAGGGCCGGUCCUCUGUAGCAAAACCCUUUCGGACCCUCUGAGGGAGAGGGGGAGGAUGGAGGAUGGAGGAUGGAGGAGGAGGAGGAGGAGUACAAGAAAAACGUGGGGAGGAGAUAGAGUUGACGGAAAUAGAGAAACUGACGUAUCGUUCUCUGAAUGUAAAUAGAACCUUGAGAUUGUCAUUUUUUUUUAUUUCCAUUGCUUCUUUUAUAAAAUGAUCAAAUUGUACGUUUUUUUUUAUUAUCCGUUGCUCUUUUUGAUUUUUGUACGGCAGCGCUCCAACGCUGCAGCAUUUGUAUCAUACAAUCCCACCCACCAUCAUUUCCUCUUAGGUUUUCCUUUUCGUGUCGCUUACCGUAGUAGCCCAGAGACAUUUAGAGAAGACUAGAGUCCUAGUGAAAAACAACCACCCCUCCCUUCAUCGACUUUCUUUAUAGCGCUUAGAGAUGCAGCAGAUAAUACUGAUUAUUAAAACGUCAUGUCAUAAAUGUUAACAUUUAUACACCUCGCCAAGGCAGAGCUGUUUUAAAGGACGUGUGUGGCGAGAUGUCUUCUGCAGCCCUGGAUCAACCAAUGCUGGAAAAUCAAUCUAAGUACCUAAGAGGGUUUAUUUCGUUGCCUUGGAGCGACAGACGGGCUGCACUGCUGGUGCCGCUCAUCGUGGCUCCAGUUAUGCCAGACAAACUCAAUCUGACAAAAUAUGUGAAGAUGGAUUAACCAACCAGGGAUUUCUCACAUGUUUGGACCCAGAGAUAAAGUUUGUUUUUAAUGUUUGUGGAGCAGAGAGAAACCCGCGAGACGAGCCUGAUGAGCAGAGAGCAGAACCUCUCAUGUUGGUGUUGACUUUGUCUUAUAUUUUUCUUAUCGUCAACAAAUCCCAUGAAAAGACUCAAACUAACAAUGUGUUAGUUUGUGUGUCUCUCAACACUUUAUGUCUUCCAAACACAAGCCCAUUCUUACUGAAGACCUCAUUUUAAUUUUUUUAAAAAGGCUUUCUGUCAAACAAACAGGAGGAAGUAGUGGGUUUGUUGGGGACUAUUUUCAGCAGCGGAAUAAUCCACAUUUGGUGCUCUAGUGAAUAUUUGGAGCAGCAACACGAUGCGUGUGGGACUGAGUCAAAAUCAACUACAAUGUGUGGCUCAUUAGUCACGUUUACAUCCACAUGUUGAGCAAUUUUUGACCAAAUCUCCAGAAAAUUGGAAAAAGAAACACAAACUAAUGAGCAUUUUCAUCCACCACCGUAGUUGGUGGAGCUAAUUCUCCAGUUGGGUGCCAUUAAAGCAGUGCAGAAGAAGAGGGAGCAGCAAGAUCAUGUAGAUCAAGUGCUUAGCAAAUUUCCAGCAAAUUUCCAAAUCAGGAUUUUUUUUUUUUGUACACAAGCUGAAGGUUCAAAUGAAAACAGCUGAUUGGAAACAUUUUAUAUUUUUUUGGGAAACAAUGGAGCUGAAUGGCACAGAGGAAGAACAUAACAGGCUUUGGAUACACACACAGUACUUGUUCGUGGUAGACAUUUGUUGUAGGUUUUUUUUUUGUCAUUACAUGGGAUUUGCCGACAAUAAGAAAAUAUAGAAAUAUUUGAGAAAACCAAAGUGAACAACCUUGCUAACUGUCUGGGAAGAAAAAUAUACAGUUUGACAUGUUUACAGUUGAUGAAUCUGGGGCGUGUCCCUUUCAUUUUCAUGAGUAAACGUACCAUCCAACAUUAACUAGCAGGAUGUUAACCUUUCCUUGCGUCGUAUUUUGUGUUGGAGUUGUACUUUGGUCUCUCAGACAGAAGCUUGAAGAUGAAAACAGUCCUGUUUCGUUCAUCUAUAAAUGUGAUAAUCCACAGUCCAACCUCAACUUGUUGCCUUGUUAAACGUCUCCCAGGCUUCGGCCCGGCUCAUCUCCGUCUCUCUGCUCCGACACUGAUGCUGACUGUUUGUAUGACCCUGUCUGUCCGCCUGUCUCUGUUGCAGCCUUCUUUUAUACAUAUAAACACAUUGGGGAAAAAAAACAACAUAAAAACUCGUUAAAAAAAAAAAAAGAUAAAAAAAAAAAUUUAGAUUUAAAUAAUAAUACUGCUAAUGAUAACAACAACAGUGCUUUUAUCAGUUACGAUGGCGUGGUCAGUAUUGUCAUCAGUAGCGAUGAUAUGAUCAUUAAAUAACAAUGAAAUCAGUAUCACAGGAUUUAGCAGGGAGAUUACAGUGGUGGUGCGUGGGCGGCUGUGAUAUGUGUGUGUGUUGUGUGUGUGUAUAAGAGGGAGGGAGGGAGGCUGGGGAGAAGUGGGGUUCCACACACACACAUAUAUACACACACACAUACAUACAUACAGCAGGGGGGAGGGGCGAUGGGGGAGGGAUGUACUGCAAUAUUGAGGUGUGCUGAUGUUGUACCUGCUUGUUGCAUUGUGCGCUGUUCUGUAUCUGACAAACUAACCCCAGACUGUCAACUAAUAAAUAAACAUGGACUACGCAUAUCCUGAACAGA